AUGACUGAUGACGAGCUGUCUGCCUUGGUGGUAGAUAAUGGGUCAGGGAUGUGCAAGGCAGGCUUUGGGGGUGAUGAUGCCCCCCGGGCAGUGUUCCCCUCCAUGGUAGGGCGUCCGCGGCACCAGGGGGUCAUGGUAGGCAUGGGCCAGAAGGAUUGCUAUGUGGGGGAUGAGGCCCAGAGCAAGAGAGGCAUCCUGACCUUGAAGUACCCCAUUGAGCAUGGAGUGGUCACCAACUGGGACGAUAUGGAAAAGAUCUGGCACCACACUUUCUACAAUGAGCUGCGAGUGGCACCGGAUGAGCAUCCCAUCCUCCUCACAGAGGCACCCCUGAACCCCAAGAUCAACCGGGAAAAGAUGACUCAGAUCAUGUUUGAGGCCUUCAACACACCUGCCAUGUAUGUGGCUAUCCAGGCUGUUCUGUCCCUCUACGCCUCAGGCCGGACCACGGGCAUUGUGAUGGAUUCUGGGGAUGGGGUCACUCACACUGUGCCCAUCUAUGAAGGUUAUGCCCUGCCGCAUGCCAUUCUACGUCUGGAUCUGGCUGGCAGAGACCUCACUGAUUACCUCAUGAAGAUUCUCACAGAACGAGGCUACAACUUCACCACGACUGCUGAGCGAGAGAUAGUUCGAGAUGUCAAAGAGAAGCUGUGCUAUGUCGCCCUGGAUUUUGAGCAAGAGAUGGUCAACGCUGCAGCCUCUUCCUCGCUGGAACGAAGCUACGAGCUUCCGGAUGGGCAAGUAAUCACAAUCGGGAACGAACGCUUCCGCUGCCCUGAGGCUAUUUUCCAGCCUUCCUUUCUGGGCAUUGAGUCCAGUGGGAUCCACGAGACAACCUUCAACUCCAUCAUGAAGUGCGACGUGGAUAUUCGCAAGGAUCUCUAUGCCAACACCGUGCUGUCUGGAGGCAGCACUAUGUAUCCUGGCAUCGCUGACCGGAUGCAGAAAGAAAUUGUCAUCCUGGCACCCAGCACUAUGAAAAUCAAGAUCAUAGCUCCUCCAGAGCGGAAGUACUCGGUUUGGAUUGGGGGCUCCAUCCUGGCCAGCCUGUCCACAUUCCAGCAGAUGUGGAUCAGUAAGCAGGAGUACGACGAGGCAGGUCCUCCCAUUGUCCACAGAAAAUGUUUCUGAAUGGACUUUUGUGCUAGCGGAUUUAUACUUUUCCUUUUUCGAGGUCAUAGUGAUGGUACGUACUGCUUUUCUCCACUUUCCACUGAGUGAAGGUAAAUAGACUAUUGCUAGUGUGUAAGCCAGCAACGUCAUCACUGUCCAAGGAUUGUGGGCGCCUGACCCUCUAGCCACAUCUUG